AUGUGGAGGAUCAUGUGGAAAUCCAGUGGAGGCUUGUGGUGCCUCUCGGACGGCAAAAAGGAUGUAGGGAAGGAGGAGGUCCCAGGUCCUCCGUUCCUCAUCUACCACCCGCUUGUGUCUGUUUUUGUGUCUGGGAGGAGGAGACACUCAGGGACUUACCGCUGCAAGCUAAUUAAUAGUGAAAAUGGAAGAGAGAGAUUCUCCACAGACAACACAAAGCAGGUCGUCAAAAUCCAGUCUGUUAAAGACAGUGGUACCUACACCUGCAGUAUAAAGGGGAGAGACUCUCAGAGCUCAGAGAUCAGUGAUGCUGUUACACUGACUGUAUCAGCAAAACCCAAAGCGACUGUGAGAGUGAAUCCUCAGAGCUCCAUCUACACUGGAGACACCGUCACUCUGAGCUGUGAGCUGCAGGGGACUGGAUGGGUGUUUGACUGGUACAAAAAUAAUCAGAAACAGAAUCUGAACAGUGAACAAGCAAAGAUACUUAAUGUGACAGUCGAUAAUGCAGGAGAAACAGAAUACCAGUGUCGGGCAUCUAGGCUGAACUUCGACGACUACGGUGACACUCGCUACUACUACACAGACCUCAGUGAUCCGGUCAAGAUUACUGUGAGCGCAAAACCCAAACUGACUGUGAGAGUGAAUCCUCAGAGCUCCGUCUACACUGGAGACACCGUCACUCUGAGCUGUGAGCUGCAGCAGGAGACUGGAUGGGAGUUUCUCUGGUACAGAAAUAAUCAGCUGUUACAGAAUCUUAGCAGAAAACAAGCAAACACACUUAAAGUGACAGUCGAUAAUGCAGGAGAAACAGAGUACCGGUGUCGGGCAAACAGGAUAAACAACAACUACUACAACUUCACAGAGUUCAGUGAUCCUGUCAAGAUUACAGUGAGAGAUAUCAUGACUGCUGACAGAUGA